UACACCCUUAACUACAGAACGUCCCGUCUACUCCUCACGUGGAACACAAGUUACAGCAUAAAUUGUCAAAUGGAUUUCCAUACACGGAAACGUGUAUCAGGGGAGGAGUCUGUGAGUCCUCCACACUUUAGAUCCCAAGUUUCCUGUCAGUUUGGACUCGGCAGCUCCCUCAAGAAGAAUGUGAAGUCUCCGGUUCCGACCCGACCAUGGCCGUGUUCGUCUUCUCCCCGGUUGACUUCCUCUUCUCCUGUUUCGGUCUACCGCUCUUCAUUACCGAUGUCGUUCUGGACGUCUUAGCAGUGGUGAACUUCUACCAAGAGAGGGCCUGGGUGCGCCUGUCGGUUCUGCUGCUGCUGCUCGUGGGCUCCUCGGUUCUGACUCAAAUCUACAGCUGGAAGUGGUACACCGAGGACGGGCUGAUCUUGAAGACCCGGGUGGAGGGCGUUCUAGAGAAGGCGCUGAAGACGCUGCAUGUACUGCAGCUGGGGAUCUAUGUUCGGCACCUGGGCGUCCUGGAGAUGUCCACCUUAGGGUGCUGUUGUCAAGACUUGGACAGUAACGAUGUGGCAGUGGAGCUGAGCCACGAUCUGUGCAUGCUCCGACUGAUCGAGGCCUUCUCCGAAAGCGCACCCCAGAUCGUCCUCUGGCUCACCAUCAUCCUGCAGGAUGGCGAGCUGGAUUUUAUCACAGUGCUAAAGGUCUUGUGCUCAGUUGGAGCCGUGGCCUUCUGCGUGACCACGUACCACCGCAGCUUGCGCUCCUUCGUGAAGGACACAACCCAGCUGACCAUCAUCUCCUCCAUCAUCUACUUCCUGUGGAACCUGCUGCUGCUCAUCUCCCGCCUCAUGGCUCUGGCGCUCUUCGCCUCGGUGUUACCCUGCUUCAUCUUCGCCCACUGCAUCUGCAGCUGGAUGGUCUUCGUCCUGUUCGCCUGGAGGGCCAAGACCGACUUCAUGGACAACGACCCCUGCGGGGAGCGGCUGUACAGGGCCACCGUCGGCCUCAUCUGGUACUUCGACUGGUUUAACGUGGUCAAAGGGAAGACGAAGAAGAGCGCCAUGCUGUACCACAGCUUCAUCCUGCUGGACAUCUGCAUGCUCUGCGGCCUGUGGUACUGGACGAUGAACACCCAACCACCUCAAUUUGUGAUCCCGUGGCCGUAUGCAGAGGCCACGGCGGGUGGCGUGGUUGGACUUUACAUUCUCGGCCUCUUGGUCAAGAUCAUCUACUACAAGUUCUUCCAUCCUAAACUAAGCCGAGACGACUUGAGGAGGGACCAAGAUGAAGUAGAUGGAAACAUCCUUAUGAGGGCAUCGGUUCCUGAUUUAACUCCUGCACCACUAAGUGGGUUGUACCAACCGGAAUCCAUCGCCAUGAGGGCAUUCCCUCCUGCUGCACCUCCUCUAACACAGCAUGGAAACAAAAGAAUGAGGAAGCUCGCAGAGAACUUCUACUCUUGAGGUGGACAUCAUACAGAGUUGUCAGACUGAUCCCUCUGGAAAUAUUCACAGUGGAGCACCUUUAUUUUAAAAAUCCUUAUUCCUUAUGUGUAGAACAAAAAAAGCAGAAUUUUCUGCAAAAAUGCACUUAUAGAAUGUAGUAGAACCACAUUAACAGAUCUAAGAGUGACUUAGAGUCUCAGGAUCACCAAGCGGAUUUUACAAUGACAAAUCUCAGCUUUGAUGGAUAAUAUUUAAAUGUUUAUUAUUUUAACAUUAUUUAUCAACU